AUCUCUAGCCCUUUUGGUUGGGUAUUUAUGUAAAUUACUAAAAAGUGCAUGUGCACUUUAACCGUAGAAAAGAAAAGUGUUGAGUUGGACCCUCAAGCAAACCAAUCGACUGAAGAAUAUAGCGCAACCUUCGGCCCUUUCACAGUCCCAAUCAACGUUUUGUAUUAGGGGCGCGGCGCCCACUGAAAAGACCAAAAACAGACAUCCUUUGGCAACAAAGCAAUAUAAUAUCAAUACUUUCUGUUCUGCCAGUAUCCCGAAGCAGCCGUCAGUCACAAUGGCCGAGCGACCGAAAAAUUUGUUUGCAACUGGACCCAGUCGUUCGCGCAACCCUCCCGAUCAGCUCAGUCUGAACAACCUAAGCAUUCGCCAUCCGCCCUCGUCAACCUCGUCGACUUCGUCCGGGUCUACAUCUUCGGGCUCCAGCUCCUCAUCUCAACAUAACAAUGUGGCGCUGCGCUUUAGUGCCCAGCCCCCAAUAGUCACCAGCAGUGGCGCCGGUGGUGGAGGUGGGCCUGCGCCGGCUUCAAUCAGCAGUAGCAGCAGCAGCACUGCUACAGACCGCCAUCGGGAGCGUAUACGCCAGCAGGCCUGUGGCAAGCUUCAGUUUGGCGAGGGUGCUGCGAACACACAUCAGUUUACGUCAGAUGAUCUCGAGGACGAGGGUGAGAUAGGGCGCGGAGCCUUUGGUGCAGUCAAUAAGAUGAUAUUCAAGAAGUUGGAUAAGGUUAUGGCAGUAAAGCGCAUCCGCUCUACCGUCGACGAAAAGGAACAAAAGCAGCUGCUUAUGGAUCUCGAAGUGGUAAUGAAGUCCAAUGAAUGCAUCUACAUUGUUCAGUUCUAUGGAGCGCUCUUCAAAGAGGGCGAUUGCUGGAUAUGCAUGGAACUGAUGGAUACGUCGUUGGACAAAUUCUACAAGUACAUAUUCGAGAAACAGCAUCGUCACUUACCAGAGUCUAUCCUCGCCAAAAUCACAGUUGCCACGGUGAAUGCGUUGAACUAUUUGAAGGAGGAGCUGAAGAUAAUACAUCGGGAUGUAAAACCCAGCAACAUUCUACUGCAUCGCCGAGGCGACAUCAAGCUGUGUGAUUUUGGGAUUUCAGGCCAAUUAGUUGACUCUAUAGCGAAGACCAAGGAUGCGGGCUGCAGGCCCUACAUGGCGCCGGAGCGCAUCGAUCCAGAACGUGCCAAGGGCUACGAUGUGCGAAGCGAUGUGUGGUCCUUGGGAAUCACUUUGAUGGAGGUGGCGACAGGUAAUUUCCCAUAUCGGAAAUGGGACUCGGUGUUUGAGCAGCUGUGCCAGGUUGUUCAAGGCGAACCGCCCAGACUAAUGACCUCUUAUAAUGGCAUGGAGUUCUCCAAAGAGUUUGUAGAAUUUGUCAACACUUGCCUGAUUAAAAAGGAGAGCGACAGGCCCAAGUAUAGCCGACUACUGGAGAUGCCCUUCAUACGUCGUGGCGAAACGAGCCACACCGAUGUGGCAGUUUACGUGGCAGACAUCCUCGAGUCCAUGGAAAACGAUGGCAUCACGCAGUUCACGGCCAACCAGCAGGCGGAGAGUUAAUCAUCUCGAAGCAAAGAAGAAGUCAUGAAUUAGCUAAGAAUCAGCAACAAACACAACAAAAAAAGGAAACUAAACACAGAAAAAAACAUAAAAACAUAAGUUUUUCUCUAUUCUGUAGCAUUCAUUCGUAUCGUAUUUUGUUUAUAGACAAAAACAAAAGUAAGCUCAUGAAAAGUGUGUAAGCUGAAAGUAGAAGAGCUGUGUGUAAAGUUGAAUACCCAAGAGAAAGAAACUAUUGUACGGCAAUAAUUUUUGUAUUUGUGCGUUGAAAAUGUGUGAAAAAAUAAAUUCCCAAAUUGUAAUUGUUUAGAGAAAGCCAGAUAGAAGAGAUAGCCAACUGUUCUGGGCCGAUGUUUGCGGAUUUGCUUUGAAAGAUGGCAGCAAACAUCUGCCCAAGAGCUAUCCCCCAAUUUCCAAGUCCCUUUACGUUCAGCCAGCGAGCAUUUUUAUAUAAUUCCAAUUAUUCGUUUAUCAUUCUCGAUGGCACAUCCGCUAAGUGAUACGUAUUGCGUUAUUAAAAAAAAACGAAAAACAACAAAAGAAACCCAAGCAAUUAAAACGGCUUGUAGGAACAAACGGAAAUUAUGAAAAUCAAGAGUUCACUAUCUAUACGAGUACAAGCUAAUGGAAACACCAACACGCGCCCCAAAGCGUGCAAUAGAAAUAGUUCAACAAUACAAUUAAAUGAUGCAUUAUUUAUUGAGUAGAUUUUGUAAUCCUAUUAUACAUAUUUUUUAUUUUGCAUAUAAAAAUGAUUGUGAAAAGCUUUAAAUGA